CACCCACCGCGCCCGCUUUCUUCAAUAAUUUCCGGCGGAAACUGCCUUGUGGAGUCAGUCAUGAGUGACGAGGCAUCAUCUGCUCAGGCCAUGGGCGCCCCUGGAGGAAAUUCAAACGAACCUCCGUUCAGACAAUUCUCUAUCGAUAAUGCGCCACCCACUGCCGCUUCGGAGAGCGCAGCAACGCCAGUAGACGAUGGCAGCGAUUUUUACAACACUCCUUUGGUGGCUGGGACCCCAGUCAACGCCUCAGAAAAUGCACAGACGUCUGCUAACGACAGCGAACCUGCAACGUCGUCGAAGUCUGCUCCACUAAUCCCAGGUCUCAGCCUCUUCAAUGAGGGCGUCGCAGCUGGCUCAUCGGACCCAGCUGGCAAGAUUAACAAUCAUAACGAGACGAAACAGGAUUCUACACCUUCCGGAGAAACUAUGCAAGUCGAUGCAGAAAAGGCCGAUAGUGAGAUGCGGGAUGCUCCAGCAGCACCUGCAAAUGCGAGCGCAGAGGAGCAGUCGACGAAACAAGACGGACUUGGGUCCCAACAGCAAGACAACGCUUCUGAGCCGGCGGCUGCUCAGACCAGUGAUGCGAUGCAGACUAGGGAAAGCGAAAGACAAGAUGCGACUACUUUGAGGGAGCUUGCGGAGGAGGGUGAGCAUCCGGAGUGGGAGAUUGAUUCUUCGCCAUACGAAUCGUCUUCUGACGAUUCUUCAACGGACUCAUCCGACGACGAUAGCGAGGAGGACGACGAAGACUACCCGAUCCUUAGCCCCGAGGAGCAGGCGCGCAUCCUGAUGAUGGUAGAAGCAGGCUCCGAUGAUGAGGAAGGGAAGGGAAAGUCUGGCGGCGCUUAUGUGCGAACAACGAAUGAACAACCUGAGGAGGUCCCUCCGAUUCCUGAUGUCACAGUGACCCCAGACAUGAAAAUAGAAUUUCUGGGGAAUGUCCAGGCUAUUGUGGAUAAUACUGUUCUGAUCAGGGCCAGCACUUCUGGAGAGUACCAAGUUCUGGAGUCUGGCUCUCUACUCUGCCUGGAAGACCGUUCCAUAGUCGGCGUGGUCUCUGAGACUCUGGGUAGAGUCCAAGAGCCACUCUAUACUGUUCGCUUUGAGAGUGCAGCCGCUGUCGGUGAGCGCGGCGUGGAGAAGGAAAAACAAAUUUACUAUGUUCCGCAGCACUCCACUUUCGUCUUUACGCAGCCCCUGAAGGGACUGAAGGGUAGCGACGCAUCUAACUUCCACGAUGAGGAAAUUGGGGAAGAAGAGAUGGAAUUCUCCGACGAUGAAGCUGAGGCGGAGUACAAGCGAAAGCUCAAACUAAAACGACAGGAGAAAAAGCAGGCCAAGAAUGAGUCUGCCGGCGUCGGAAGGACUAGGAGAGAGAAUCCAGGCCCCUCGAAACUAGGGCAGAUGGAACUCAACUACGACGACGUGAGCGGAGGAGACGGUUACACCCCGCUUGCCCGGCCGGCCAACCUCCAUGAGAUGAUGACUACUCAAGACGCACCAGUCGAAAGGAGCCAUCAUCCUGGCCGGGGUGGUCGUGGUGGACGUGGUAGAGGCGGUUCUGAUCGAGGGUCUGGUCGAGGCCGUGGUGGUCGAGGUGGUUCGUGGGACUCGCGCCGUUCUUACGGUGAUGACCGACGUCAGGGUCGAGAUCCUCGUCAAGAUUCCUCUGCAUCGAAUGAGUCUGAACAGAAUCCUUAUAUGCCACCACCGCCUUUCCCGCAAGCCCAGCAGCAAGCCCAGCAGCAGCAGCAACAACAACAGUUCUACAACCCUGCGCAGUUCGCUGCCUACCCAGCAUAUCCUCAGACGCAACAACAGUAUCCUCAGUUCCCCGCUGCGUCUCAAUUCACCUUCCAGACACCAUAUCAACAACCGUUCCAGCAACAGUACCAGCAGAAUCCCUACCAGCAACUGCCUGCAGGCUCUCCUAUCAGUCCGGCUUUGAUCGCGGCCCUGCAGCAGCAUCAGCAAAUGCAGCAGCAGCAACAGCAACAGGCUAGUUACCCACAGUCGCAGAACCAAGCUGCUGCUCUGAGCCAGGUUCAGGCACAAUUGGAUCUCUUAAGGCAGCUGAGCGGUGGUGGUGGGCAAGGACCCCCGCGAUCAUAAACAGUACUAGGAUGGGUUAUGCAGGCUUAUUUGCUGUUUCAUCCAAGUUCGACGCUAACCGUGCAUUUAUAUGGAGUUGGGGGAAGACUAAAAAGUUAUAUCUGGUUGUGUUUUUCUUGUGAAGAUGAUGGGUCAAGUCAUGUACAGGUUAAUCAAAAAUAAA